CUCCUCCCAACUUGCGCCACCUAAAUCAUUGAGACUGGCCGCUCCAUAAAAGUCCAUCGGCGAGACGAGGAGCCCUGAAUCAACCACAGUCUCACACCAACAAGUCCCGCACCCAGGGCAAAGCAAAUAUGGCUACGUUGGAAGCCUCAUCAGGACCCGGCUAUACGACCACCGAAAACGGCAACGGGCCAGCGCCGCCACUGCCCAGUAGCUCCCCGGCCCCGAGCAUUCCUUCGUCCCGUCCCCCAGCGGUAGAGACUGCAGACCCUCCACCGGUGGAGGCGCCAACCACAGCCGGCCCCGUCCCUCCUCCUGAAUAUGAAUUUGACGAGGGCGGCGUGCCGGUCUUCCGGCCCACGACCGAACAGUUCGCCAACUUCGAGAAAUUUAUAAAGAGCAUCGAAGGGAUAGGCGCCGAGGCCGGCAUCGUCAAAGUGGUGCCGCCAAAGGCUUGGAAGGACGCUCUACCGGACGUCCGGACGGCAUUAGCCUCUCUCAAAAUCAAAAAAGCGAUGAAGCAGUCGAUCAGCGGGGGCAGCCUCCCCAGCGGCUGCUUCUUUCAAAUGAAUGAAGACCACUGUAGAACGUACACAGUUCAGGAAUGGUACGAGGCCUCGCAAUCAGGGCAGUAUCAGGCUCCCCGCUUUAACGAGGAAGGAAGGGCCGUAUUUGACCCUCUACGAACGAAGAGGAGGCCCACAAAGGACAUCAGCGACGUCCAUGACCCUGUGGCUCGGGUGGCUCCCGAGCUCGCAAUGAACCCAAUUGGCGAGGGUUCAGCAAUGCAACCGCAGUGCAAUUCCUCAAUAACUUUCGAUCUGGAGGAGACGUCAAGCGGGUUCGACAAGGACCAUUGCUCCAGGUUGGAGCGCCACUAUUGGCGCAACGUCACGUUCGCCGCGCCCCUGUACGGCGCGGACAUGCUCGGGUCGCUUUUCGACCACCCAACCAUUGAAGAAGCCGCACGAGACAUUCCUUGGAAUUUGACUCGCCUGCCAAACUUACUCAACCGCGUGAACCUGAAGCUACCAGGGGUUAACCUCCCAUACUUGUACUUUGGCAUGUGGAAAUCGACAUUCGCUUGGCACGUUGAAGACAUGGACCUAUACUCGAUAAAUUACAUCCAUUUCGGCGCUCCGAAGCAGUGGUAUGUUAUCCCUCAAGAAAGCCGCGGACGAUUCGAGACCGCCAUGCAGUCGAAUUUUCGGAACGAUCAUGCAAAGUGCAAUCAGUUCCUGCGCCAUAAAAGCAGUAUAUGCUCCCCCAAGGUUCUUGAAAGAAAGGGAAUCAAAGUAAACCGUGUGGUCCAGCACGCCGGCGAGUUCAUGAUCACAUUCCCCUUCGGAUACCACCAGGGAUAUAACAUGGGGUUCAACUGCGCCGAGUCUGUCAACUUCGCCACGGACUCGUGGAUUCCUAUCGGAAAACAGGCGACGUUCUGUCCCUGUGUCCCAGAUAGUGUCCGACUCGAUGUUAGCGCGUUGUUCGACCCUCCGGUCGUGAGGAAAAUCAAGCUCGUUGUUCCCAACGGGCCAUCGCCGAAUAAGCGAGAACGGGAGAACAGUGAAAACGGCGAUUUUGAAACCAACUCAACCGCACAAGCGAGGCCUGUCCUUGCACCAAAGAAGCGCCGGAAGGUCAAAGCGGCCACAUCUUCCAAUGUGCCGAAUUCCAAAGAUUCAAUGCCUGCGUCUGAGCGAGAGAAAUCCCCUGUGCCUGCAAUGAAAUGUGUUUUGUGCCCUACGACAUCUGGUCUCCUACUACCGACGGACAAACCAAAUGUUUGGGCCCACAGGUCGUGUGCUACCUUCAUCCCUGAAACACGUGUUGAGGCGCAUCCGAUGGAUGCAGGCUUAGAGAUCGUUAUAGGUAUUGACGCCAUAGCUAAAGCUCGAUGGCGUUUGAAAUGUGCGAUCUGUCGAGUUAAGGGGCUCAAGCUCCCAAAGUCAGGACUUGGCGCAUGCAUUCAAUGCGCGAAGGGUCGCUGCGUCGUUGCCUACCAUGUAACAUGCGCCAUGGAAGCAGACCAGAUAUAUACUAACGAUGCGCAGGAAAACCCGCACUGCUUCUGACAAUUCGCGAAACAAACUGAGAAGUUCCAGUUGUUGGAAGAGGCAGCGAGGAACUUCACGCCAGGUCUACCUGUUUCUGCCAGAUCGGAAGG